UAUUUCCUUUUUGCUUUUUGCCCUCUGAGGGAGUUUCCAUAGUAACCCGCCCUUCCAGCCCUCUUCCCAUAAGUGUGGCUCCGCAGUUUCAGCUUCAGAGCUCAGACUCCAAAGGAUGCUAGUGUCUUCGGGCUCUCAUUGGUUGCCGCCAGCCGAGCCCCUCGUAACCCUGGUAACAGUGCCCGCCCACAAGUCGCCGGGCUAUGAUUGGUCGUUGCCACAAAGUCCGAAAGCGAAUUCCUCAGGCCAUUGGCCCGAGUCACAGGAAGCUGGCACCGCGGUUGGUGAGCCUAGAGGUCAGUCAGAGUCAGAGGCAGGGUCAAAUAGGGAGAAAUGGCGACGGAGCCAAGCUGUGGGGAUUGAGGCCUAGAGGGAUCGCUGACUGGCCCAAGAUCACACAGCCCAUCUUUGGAUUAAGAUCUGGUGUCUACAGCCUAGCCUCAAGCCUUGACUUAGUUGGAGCUUGAGAGAGUGGGAGCCUUCUGUUUGGCAGACACACAGAGCAAAUAUUUUGACCUUGGCAUCGAGACAUUUCCCAUCUUCCCCAUGGCGCUGACAGUGCUGAAUGAGUUCCUGAUUGAGGACCCAAGCCCACCUCUGCUGCUCUACCAGCUUAACAAGACUGCCCAGCUGGAGACCCUCAACUAUCAGAGCUGCUAUAUGCAGAGGGUCUUUACCCAUUUUCCCGAGAUCCUAUUUAUCCACCGGACCUAUAACCCGAGGGGUGAGGUGUUAUACACCUUCCUGGUGGAUGGACCCCGGGUGCCACUGGAGGGUCAUCUUUCCCGGGCCGUCUACUUCGCCAUUCUUGCCAGGGAGGAUGCUGAAGGCUUGGCCCACAUGUUCCAGGUGUUCAAGAAGUUUAACCCAGCAUGGGAGAGAGUCUGUACCAUUCUGGUGGAUCCCUACUUCCUCCUACUGCCCACCCUCGCUAUGGAGUUCCCCGCAGCUGAGGUCCUGCUUUCGGCCUUCCACAUCUGUAAGUUCCUCCAGGGCAAGUUCUGUCAACUGGCCCUCGAGCAGCCGGUGGAGAGGCUGCUCCUGACGGCCCUGCGGAGCACCAUGUGCUCGGCCACGGCCGGGAACCUGCGGAAGCUGUACGCGCUGCUGAGCACCUGCAUCCCGCCGGCCCAGCUGCCCGCGCUCCACUCACACUGGCUGCUCAACGACCGCAUCUGGCUGGCCCACCGCUGGAGAAGCCAAGCCGAGAGCAGCCGCUAUUUUCAGGGCCUGGAGGUCACCACCCGCCUCCUCAGCCAGUUCUUUGGCACCACCCCAGUGGUGGAAAAAGGCAUGAGCGCCCUGCUCCGGUACCUGCAGCAGAACUCAGGAGACAAGGUGAGUUUCAACCUGGGCCCGAGUCCCCCGAACCAUUACACCCCCGUGGAGGGCAGUCCCGAAAGCCCCAAAGUGCAGCAGUUGGUGGAAGCCCGCAUCCAGCACUCACUUAAUGCCAUCUGCACGGGGCCGGCCGCCCAGCUCUGCCUGGGCGAGCUUGCUGUGGUCCAGAAAUCCAUGCACCUCAUCGGCUCGGGUUCCGAAAAGGUGAACAUACAGAUCCUGGAGGACACCCACAGGGUGCAGCCCCAGCCCCCGGCCAGCUGCAGCUGCUACUUCAACCAGGCCUUCCAUCUGCCCUGCCGUCACAUCCUGGCCAUGCUCAGUGCCCACCGCCAGGAGCUCCAGCCCGACAUGCUGCCUGCUGAGUGGACGGCAGGCUGUGCCCCCAACCUCAGUGACAUCCUGGGCAGCACAUGGAGCGAGACCCUGGAGAAGCGCUUGGCCGUGGCUCUCCUCACGGAGGAGGUGAGUCAGCUCCUACAGCAUUGCAGCCAGGAGGAGUUUGAACGGCGGUACAGCACCUUGCGGGAACUGGCCGACAGCUGGAUUGGCCCUUAUGAGCAGGUCCAACUCUGAUUACCCGUGAUGUUCAUCCUCGUGUAUCACUCACAUCCCCCCCCACACACCCUCCAACACUCACACUGCUGUACUUCUUCAGACCCUUCUGCAGCCUGCUACCCGUGUGUCUAGAUUCCUAAAACAGGAGGCAGCAAAGCUGUCCCAUAAAGGGCCCGAUAGUCAGUAUCCUAGACUUUGUUGCGCACUUACAGCCUGUUGUAUAUUCCUGGUUCUUUGUUGUGUGGGUUGUUUUUUUUUCCCCCUAACCUUUUCAAAAAGUAAAACCCAUUCUUAGCUCAAGGGCCUUAACAGGUAAUACCUACUGUAGGAUAAGAGAUAAGACACUGAGUGAAGAUGAAGAUUCGGACUUGGUAAGAGCUUCCACAAUCAUGAGAUGACACCUUACCCACAGAGGAAAAGCCCCCCAGAGGCUGAGAGCCUGGCUCUCAGCCUUACCACCUGCCACACUCCCCCAUCCUGAGGUUAUUAAAGUGAAUGUUGUCUGUUUUA